AUGUGGAUCAACAGCUUCCUGUCGGACCACAGUCAGAGGGUUAGAGUAGGAGACCAUACAUCUGCAGCCAUCAGCAUCAGCACCGGCUCCCCUCAGGGCUGCGUGCUGAGUCCUCUGCUCUAUACCCUCUACAGUUCUGACUGUACCUCCUCACACCACAGUAACACCAUCGUCAAGUUCACCAACGACACCACAGUUCUGGGACAGAUCAAUCACUGCAAGGACAAACCGGUUCAGGGACAAUUUUUACUCGACAGCAGGAAUCAACAAAAAGGUAUUUUCUGUAUUUUCUCACACCCACAUGCUGCUAAAAUGUGGUCAUGUGUAAAAGACUUUUUCACUUAUGAAACCACUAAGUCAGUGGUCGUGAAGAGCUGGACCAUCGGCAUCAUCAACCGUGUUGUCCAACUUCUCAUCAUUGCUUAUUUUGUAGGGUGGGUGUUUCUCAGUGAGAAGGCCUACCAGGUCAGAGACACAGCUAUUGAGUCCUCAGUGAUGACCAAGGUCAAAGGUUUUGGAAUCUACAAUGACAAAGUCAUGGAUGUUGCAGACUAUGUCACUCCUACACAGGGAGCUUCCGUCUUCUGCAUCAUCACUAAACUGAUCACAACAGAGAACCAGGUCCAAGGAUACUGUCCUGAGAGUGAGAAGUACACCUGCACAGAUGACAGGAACUGUGCAAAGUUCCUGAACAAACCAGCAUCAAACGGAAUUCUCACCGGGAAGUGUGUCCCUUUCAAUUCUACUCUUAAAAUGUGUGAGAUUAAAGGGUGGUGUCCUGCUGAGAUUGACACCAUCAAAACUAAACCAAUGAUGGAAGUGGAGAAUUUCACAAUCUUCAUUAAGAACAGCAUCCGCUUUCCGACUUUCAACUAUACCAAAGGGAACUUCCUUCCUUCAAUGAAUGAAACUUACAUUAAAUCGUGUAACUUUGACAUGGUCAAAAACACCUACUGCCCCAUUUUCAGAGUGGGAGAUGUUGUCCGCUACGCACAACAGAUCUUCACCACGCUAGCAAACAAGGGAGGAGUGAUUGGAAUAAAGAUUGGCUGGAUGUGUGAUCUGGACAAGUCAGAUGACCAGUGUAAUCCUUCAUACUCAUUCACCCGACUGGACGGCAUGUCACAGAAGAGUACCGUCUCACCUGGCUACAAUUUCAGGUUCGCCAAAUAUUAUAAGAUGGAAAAUGGGACAGACUACCGGACUUUGGUCAAAGCCUACGCCAUUAGGUUUGAUGUUCUGGUCAAUGGAAAUGCUGGAAAGUUUAAUAUGAUCCCUACACUCAUAAACAUGGUGGCAGCGUUUACAUCAGUGGGAGUGGGCACAGUUCUUUGUGACAUCAUACUACUGAACUUCCUGAAAGGUGCAGAGCAGUACAAGGCCAAGAAAUUCGAAGAGGUGUCGGACAGCCCCCUUGAAUCCCAGAGCAACAGCUUUUAUCGUUCCCAGCUGUCACUCCGACAGACAACGCUUAAAUCCAGCGACUCAGGAGCAUUUUCUAUUGAAAAUGAAAAACACUGCUGA